UUCACGGUGGGCGGGUCUACCGCUGCUCUUCUUCCGGUGGAGACGUGGCUCUGGUCUCUGCUGCCAUAUUAUUUGACGCUAGCUAGCUGGCUAACAAUCACACACAAGAAAAAUCACCCGAAAUCGAUAAAACACGAGAGACGGAAGAUCGUCGUACCGUAGAGAGAGAGACCGAAAAUGGUGCUGUUGGCAGCGGCGGUGUGCACCAAGGCCGGCAAGGCCAUCGUAUCGCGGCAGUUUGUGGAAAUGACCCGGACGCGUGUCGAGGGUCUUCUGGCCGCGUUCCCCAAACUGAUGAACACGGGCAAGCAGCACACCUUUGUGGAAACGGACAGCGUUCGCUACGUGUACCAGCCGCUGGAGAAGCUCUACAUGGUCCUCAUCACCACCAAGAACAGCAACAUCCUGGAGGACCUGGAGACACUCAGACUCUUCUCCCGCGUGAUCCCGGAGUACUGUCGUGUGCUGGAGGAGAGCGAGAUCUCGGAGCACUGCUUCGACCUGAUCUUUGCCUUCGAUGAGAUCGUGGCUCUCGGCUACAGAGAGAACGUGAACCUGGCUCAGAUCCGCACCUUCACAGAGAUGGACUCCCACGAGGAGAAGGUGUUCAGGGCUGUCAGAGAGACCCAGGAGAGAGAGGCCAAGGCGGAGAUGAGGAGGAAGGCCAAGGAGCUGCAGCAGGCCAGGAGGGACGCCGAGCGCUCCGGGAAGAAGGUGCCGGCGUUCGGCGGCUUCGGCAGCGGCGGCAUGACCAGCGUCUCCUCGGGCUCCAUCAUCACAGACUCCAUUGUCGAGCCCGAGAAGCCCAAGAUCACUUCGGCUGCAGUCAGACCAAGUGGACCCAGUAAAGCUCUGAAACUAGGUGCUAAAGGGAAAGAGGUGGACAACUUCGUGGACAAGCUGAAGUCUGAGGGUGAAACCAUCAUGUCCAGCACCGGAAAGAGAGGCUCGGAUGUGUCCAAAGCUCUGCCUCCACCAGUCAACGUGGAGAGCGUACAUCUUCGCGUGGAGGAGAAGAUCUCGCUGACCUGCGGCCGUGACGGCGGCCUACAGAACAUGGAGGUUCUGGGGAUGGUGACGCUCCGAGUCUCAGACGACAAGAACGGACGCAUCCGCCUCAUCAUCAACAACAAUGACAACAAAGGACUGCAGCUGCAAACACAUCCCAAUGUGGACAAGAAGUUGUUCACAACUGACUCCGUGAUCGGCCUGAAGAACCCAGAGAAGUCCUUCCCCCUCAACAACGACGUCGGUGUUCUGAAGUGGAGACUACAGACCACAGACGAGGCCCUCAUACCGCUAACCAUAAACUGCUGGCCUUCAGAGAGCGGUACCGGCUGUGAUGUGAACAUUGAAUACGAGCUGCAGGAGGAGAGCCUCGAGCUCAACGACGUGGUCAUCAGCAUCCCUGUACCGUCUGGUGUGGGAUCUCCAAUGAUCGGAGAUCUGGAUGGAGAGUACAAACAUGACAGCAGGCGAAACAUCCUGGAGUGGUGUUUACCCGUCAUCGACGUCAACAACAAGACGGGCAGCCUGGAGUUCAGCAUCGCCGGACAGCCCAACGACUUCUUCCCCAUCAACGUGUCCUUUGUGUCCAAGCGCAACUACUGCGACAUCCAGGUUACCAAAGCCACUUACGUAGACGGCGACGGCCCCGUUAGGUUCUCUUCAGAAAUAUCCUGUGUUGUCGACAAAUAUGAAAUCCUGUAAAAAAACAAACCACAAAAAAAUCAAAGAAAACAACGACAAAAAAAAUAUCACCAACAACAAAAAGUCCAAAUCUAUGCGACAGAGAAAGAUUGAAGAUUGCGUUCCUGUAAACGAUCAGAGACUGAGUCCAUCGAUAGGACGACGCCAAGCCUCUCCCUGUGGGGGGGCGGAGCAGCGCUGGUGUAUUUAUAUGUUUGUAUGAGAGAGGAGCUUCUAUAUAUAGAGUUAAACACACAACACUGAUGUAGAGCUGUGUAGACAGGAUGACUGUGGGGGGGGGGCGGUCCAUCGGUUAACGGGGUUCUUUGCUUUUCUUUCCUUGUUUUUCCAUAACGAUGUCUGGAUCAUUAUACUCCUGUCGCUCUUUAAUCGUUAAACUAUGGAAAAUCUUAUUAUUUUGUGUGGAGGUUACACAGCAAACCUGUUCCUCUGUGCUCGGUGUCGUGUGUGUACUGUCUGCGGUUAUCAUUACCUUUUUAUUUUUACUGUAUAAUUUCCCACUAAUCUGCAUAUUGAUAUUUGACGGUAACUUUGAGGAUUCUCAGCUGCAGUAAAAACCAUCCGAGCGUCUGUUGAAUUUCUUUUGUUUUCGUCGUAACAUCAUUGCAGCCGUUUAAAACCAGACGGCGUGUUCCACUCGGCUCCGUUUAUCAGAUAUCACAGGAAAGAAGCACUUUGAACAACGGCCACGCCUUUAAUCUGAUGUCCCACGAGGCCUUUCUAACGUCGGAGAUCAGAGUGGACGUGUUUCUGGUGCGAUGGUGGACGCGCACGCACGCGCACACAGAUCUGGGAUCAGAGACUAACGACCUGUUUCCUCUUGGAUCCAAUUUAAGCAGAGAGG